AUGUCUGGACCACCUGGGAAAAUCCCACAACGUCCUUCCCUUUCACGUCCUUCCACUUCAAAUUCGUUACCAACAGGUAAUCCACGUCCUGGAACCAUUCAGACCCACGGUGCAGUGCCUUCUGGCUCUUCAAAUAAUGGUAUUCCAAGACCUGGUGCUCCUCGUCCCCCAAUUCCACCAUAUUCUGGUCAACCUUCAUCAUACCUCCCAUAUUCUUCAAUCCUCCGCGCCCUUAUGGCUCUCCUUAUUCUCGUCUUUCUUCUACCGGCUGCUAAUGAUCAUUGUCGAGCAAAGGUUAUCGAAUACCUCGUCAAGAAAGGUUACAAUCGAACUGAGCAGAUGCUCCGAUCUGAAUCUUCCAACCUUGAUAGAGAUGGAAAACCAAUUCAAGAGCGUGCCGAGGACCUUGGUACAGCAAAAUAUGCAAAGGGUUUCCGAUUAUUGAGUAAUUGGAUUGACUCUAACUUGGAUAUUUACAAAUUUGAGUUGCGCAGACUCCUUUGGCCUACUUUUGUUUAUUCAUUCAUUGAGCUCAUCACAAAUAAUUAUACAAGUGAUGGAAAAGCUUUUUUGAAUGAAUUCAAAGAUCAAUUUCAACAAGUCCAUGCCGAUGAACUCACUACAUUUGAUACAAUCAGUUUGCCACAACAAAUCAACGAUAAUACAAUUACUAAGCUUUAUCUAUCCUCAAAAUAUCGAAUCCCUCUCAAUACCCAUGUUUACUUCAACCUCAUCACUCACCUCGAAUCGAACAGUAAACAAGGAGGAUCUGUUAUCAUUUAUUUGCUACAGACCUACUGCGAAAUUCGUGAAACAAAGCGAGGACCCAUUGACCAAUAUAGUUUCGAAGCUAUCAUCAAUCAAGCACAUGGUGUUGAACCGGAAGAGUCUGAUCUUCAAGAAGGAAUCCCUGGAGCUUUUACCGGAGUUACCAACAAAGAUAUCCAAGAUAAUAAUGCCAAAUUACUAUUGGGUCCGAUGGCAAUGGAGGAAGAAUUAGCUGCAGAUGUUCGCGCAGAUCUUGAUGAGGAAGAUAGUAAGAACCCACCUGAGCUCGGCAAACCAUCCUUGGUCGAAUUGUUUGAUCAAAGUAUCAAGCGUGAGGAAGGUGUUGAAGGACCUAACCGCAAUGAAAUCCCUUAUCCUCCUUCUCGUGCUCGAGAUGUAACCAUGGAAGUUCAAAAGAUCAAGGAGCAUCGUGAUAGAUUCAAGAUCGAAAGCCGUAAUGGUGGGGUUGGUCCUGCAGUUUCUAUUUGCAUGUUUACUUUCCACAAUACUCUUGAUUCAAUCAACUGUAUCGAAUUUUCCGAUGACAAUAAUUUGGUUGCUGUUGGAACAGAAGAAUCUUACAUUCGUGUUUGGCAUUUACAUGGCGAACCAUUGCCAAGUGAAACCAAACCAGGUCCAAAUGAUCCACCACCAUCAAACUCUCGUCGUUUAAUCGGUCAUUCAGCACCUGUUUAUGCAGUAUCCUUCUCUCCUUCGAUUCGAGGUGCAGAUGAUAAUGAUACAGCUACUGCUCCUAAAUUACUUCUCUCAUCUUCCUCGGAUAGAACAGUUCGUCUUUGGUCUCUCGAAGCAUGGGCCUGCCUUGUCGUAUAUAAAGGACAUGAAGGUCCAGUAUGGAAUGUAAAGUGGGGACCAUUCGGUCAUUACUUUUUGACUUGCGGUCAUGAUCGAUCUGUUCGUAUUUGGGGACAAGAUCAUAUUUCAUACCUUCGAAUGUUCAUUGGUCAUGAUUCUAAUGUCAAUCAAAUCGCUUGGCAUCCAAAUGGAGCAUAUGUUUUCUCGGCAAGUGAUCAAGCUGAUAAGACUGUUCGCAUGUGGUCUUUCACAACUGGUGAUUGCGUUCGUGUCUUCACUGGUCAUACCGAUACCAUUAGUGCUCUUCAAUGCGCUCCUAAUGGAAAGAUUCUAGCAUCUGCAGAUUGUGGUGGUAGUAUUAUUCUUUGGGAUCUUGCAAAGGGAACACAAAUCAAACGUUGCAGAGGUCAUGGAAAGGGUGGGAUUUGGUCUUUAUCAUUCAGUGUUGAAUCUACAGUUUUGUGUUCGGGUGGAGCUGAUGGUACUGUUCGUUUAUGGGACAUUGAAGUUCCUUCUGAUCCAUACAAGAACACCGAUGGUGAAGUCAUCGGUACCGGUGGACAAGCUGAUGCAACUCGUGUUACGGGUGCCAUUACUGGUGCUCAAGCUAAUCCUACUACUGGCUCUUCCAAGAAGAAGGGUAAGGAAACAAUGAUUACUCCAGAUCAAAUUGUUGCAUUCCCUACCAAGAGAUCACCAGUUUACAAAGUCAUGUUUACAAGAAUGAAUUUGGUUAUGGCUGGAGGAUGUUAUUUACCUUGA